AAGAAAAAAAAGAGUAACAGAAGAAGAAGAAGAAGAAAAUGGUGAUGGGAGUGCUUCCAAAGAGAAUAAUACUGAUGCGGCAUGGAGAAUCACAAGGGAACCUCGACACAGCGACGUACACAACCACCCCCGACCACAGCAUUCCCUUGACCGCCCAAGGAAUCGCCCAGGCCCACCACGCCGGCGCUGAGCUCCGCCGCGUGAUGGGCGGCGGCGGCUGCUCCCCUUAUUGGCAAGCGUAUUUCUACGUGUCUCCGUACACGCGCACCCGAUCGACACUGAGGGAGGUUGGUAGAUGCUUUUCGAAGAAGAGAGUAAUUGGUGUGAGGGAAGAGUCGCGGAUUCGAGAACAAGAUUUUGGGAACUUUCAAGUGGAAGAGAGAAUGAAGGUCAUCAAGGAAACUCGCCAACGCUUCGGUAGAUUCUUCUAUCGCUUCCCCGAGGGAGAAUCCGCCGCCGAUGUUUUUGAUCGCGUUUCAAGUUUCUUUGAAUCUCUAUGGAGGGACAUAGACAUGAAUAGGCUUCGUCAUGAUCCUUCGAAUGAUCUGAACCUGAUAAUUGUGUCUCACGGGUUAACAUCACGAAUUUUCCUAAUGAAGUGGUUCAAGUGGACGGUUGAACAGUUUGAGCACCUCAAUAAUUUUGGAAAUUGUGAGUUCCGUGUUAUGCAAUUGGGAAGUGGUGGAGAAUACAGUUUAGCUGUUCAUCACACAGAAGAAGAAAUGCUAGAAUGGGGUCUCUCUCCUGAGAUGAUAGCUGACCAAAAAUGGCGUUCCACAGCGUGCAGGGGUGACUGGAAUGAUCAAUGCUCUUGGUAUCUUGAUGCUUUUUUUGAUCAUCUUCCUGACUCUGAUGAUGAAGCUGUGGAAAAUGAAGAAGAAACUAAUUCUUUUAGUGUAUGUGCAUAGUGUGCUUGUUUCCCAUCUGGGUCUAAGGAUUCAUUUCUAACAUGUAUUGGGUUGAUUUUUCUUUUAAAAAAAUUAAUAAUAGAAGAAGAAAUUUCAAUAGAAUGUAAAAGGGAAAAUCAAGAUAAUAAAAUUGACAAUUUGGACGUUCCAAUAGAUAACCUUUUAAUUGUAGGUCGACUAAGCAAUUUUACACAGUUAGUAGGAAACUUGCUUUGUAUAAUUGUAUUAAAACAAUUCAUGCUUCUUUUUGUGAUUUUUUAUGGUUUAGUCUCAGUUCAUUUUUUUUGUUU